GAAGGAACGCGAUGGUCAGCCCGAGCGCCGCAGCAAAAUGCUGGAUGGACACCGCCUGCUGCGAGGGCUCUUCUCCUCCUCCUCCGCCUCCUCCUGCGCGCUGCUAGUGCUGCUGGCCUGCUGCGCCCCGGGACCCUCCGCUGCCUACUUCGGGCUGGCUGGGAAUGAACCCUUGACCAUCCUCCCUCUGACUUCAGAAAUGGAGGAAGCUGCCGUCAAAGCCCACUACAAAGUCUGUGACCGCCUGAAGCUGGAGAAGAAGCAACGGAGGAUGUGCAGGAGAGACCCUGGAGUGGCCGAGACCCUCAUGGAGGCCAUUAGCAUGAGUGCCUUGGAGUGCCAGUACCAGUUCCGCUUUGAGCGGUGGAACUGCACCCUCGAAGGCCGCUACAGAGCCAGUCUGCUGAAGAGGGGUUUUAAGGAAACGGCCUUCCUCUACGCCAUCUCCUCGGCAGGGCUCACCCACGCCAUGGCCAAGGCCUGCAGUGCUGGGCGCAUGGAGCGCUGCACCUGUGACGAGGCCCCUGACCUCGAGAACCGCGAGGCCUGGCAGUGGGGCGGCUGCGGCGACAACCUCAAGUACAGCAACAAGUUCGUCAAGGAGUUCCUGGGGAAGAAGUCCAACAAGGACCUGCGAGCCAGGGUGGACUUCCACAACAACCUGGUGGGCAUGAAGGUCGUCAAAGCGGGAGUGGAGACCACCUGCAAAUGCCACGGUGUUUCAGGGUCCUGCACGGUCAGGACGUGCUGGCGGCAGCUCUCUCCUUUCCAUGAGAUUGGCAAGCAGCUGAAGCAGAAGUACGAGAUGUCACUCAAAGUGGGCAGCACCACCAAUGAAGCGACGGGCGAGGGGGACAUCUCCCCUCCCAAGAAAUCCGUCCCAGGCCACGGCGAUCAAAUCCCAAGGACUACAGACCUUGUCUACAUUGACGACUCCCCGAGUUUCUGUGUGAUGAGCAGAUACUCGCCCGGCACGUCAGGCAGGAAGUGUUACAAAGAUAAAAACUGCGAGAGCAUUUGUUGUGGCCGAGGUCACAACACACAAAGCCGCGUGGUGACCAGGCCUUGCCAGUGCCAGGUCCGCUGGUGCUGCUACGUGGAGUGUAAGCAGUGCACGCAGAGAGAGGAGGUCUACACCUGCAAGGACUGAUGUGCGGGGCUCAUGUGCCCAUGUGGAUAGCCCAUAGCAAUGCAGAUGCUGUGCAACAAGCAGGCAUGGAGACAAAACAGGGUUUGAUGCAUUUCUUGGUGACUGGAAGCUCUGCUGAGAUGUAAGCACUUUCGUCAGGUCCCAGCUGUGUUCUCUACUUGUUCCCUUCUCUGCAAACCCACAUGGGGGUCCAAGCAUAUGGAACGAAGUGCCUGUUGCGUGGUGUGGGUGCCGAUUCUUUGGAUGGGAGAUAGUAUUGUCAAAAUCUAUGAAACGAUUCUCAACUGGAUGGCUUGCUCUUCCAUCUUGGUUCUUCUUCAUCAUCGGCCGUCACAGAUCCUGACCGAAAUGAGGAGUUCUCUGUUUAGGAUCAAGAACCUCAUUGCCUAGAAUUCAGAUGCUCUGGUUGGUUUCAUGGACUACCCAACUAACCUGAGGACUAAGUGGAGGAGCUGAAGAAACUGUAUUAGGCAGAACUAGACAGCGAUAAAUUAAGGGAUGGCACUUGUGGAUUUCUGGUUCCAGGUUAGUCCUCCGGAGCAGAAGAACUGAAACCAAGAAAAACAAACAAACGAUCCUCUUUGCUGGAGAUCCUAGUACAUCAGUGGAGCCUGCACAAAGGAGAGCUGCUUUUGUGGUUCCUCACAAAGAACGUUUGUUCAUCUGCCUGCACUUUGUAGCAGAGAUUGUGCAAACCUUUUUCAAAAUUGUUCCAGACAGGGGAAAAAAAGCAUUUUUAUUUUUUUUAGCUAUGGUUCAUCAUAAUCCACCUUUCACUAGCCACCUUCAUUACCUACUUCACACUAUGAAAAUCACCAGAGGCCUUCUUAAACUUCCUAUAGACACCGCCAUGCACUGCAUCUCACGACUUUGUACCUCCUUUUUGCUUCAGUCACCCGGUGGAGGCGGCUUAAAAUCCCAGGAUGAAACACACCCCGGUUUCUGGACACUCAGUUUUCCGCUGCCUGGUGGUGGAGAGACCACAGCCUUACAGAGCAUACUGCUGCUUCUGAAUUUCCUUGAAUUGAACUGUAAGCCAUUCUGGACAGGCUUACUGCUCCCAGGAUUCUGUCAAGACAGCAUUCCAUUUACUCUCAACAGUGGCAGUGAUAUUAAUCUGGCACAAAUCUCUAUAUAGACCUUUAACUUUUUUUAAACCACUAGACUGUGUAUUUUUAGAAAACUAGUUUUUAUUAACAGCAAUGCAAAUAUUGGAUUCCAAGUGACCGGUCAAUGAAUUAAAAGGACGGGGGAAGCCAGAGAAGGAACAGAAACCACAGCAGUGACCAAACACACUGGUGGUGUGGACGACUUGACGUCCUUCCGUUGCUCUUAAUGAGGAUAUUACAGUUUGUAUCUUGGAUGCAACAACUUCUCUUCAACAACACUACUUGGAUCAGAAAUGGCUGGCUGGCUGCCAUACUGGCAAAGUGCCUGUGUAGGUGGUGAUAUUGGCAGUGAGUGUUUUGGAUGAUGGGGUCACUUCUCUGAUUCUCUAGUAGUAGCAUUUUCUCUAGUUAACCUGUUGACCUGGUGUUCAGGGGGAGCUGGAUAAGAGACCUUCUUCAUGGGUUCCAUUUUAGCCUGUCCAGUUUUCCAAGGACAGCUUUGUCUUUAUUGGACCUUAAAAAAAAAAUAGCCACUCAUAUUUAAGCUAUUCUUGAGCAUCUCCUAAGAGGGGAUGGAUUUGGUUUGCUUCAUAUUCUUGGGGACAAACUGAACUAUAGCCCGGUGUGUUGGCCUGCUGUUGGAUUGUGGCAGAGAUGAGGGAGUGGCACACCGAUAGUUGAUGUAGGAUCAUGCAAAAGUGAAAGACUCUAUCCCUUCUACAUCUUGACCAGCAGCACCCAACCACCUACUCCCCCACCCCCUCUCCAGCCCUGACAGCCCAGCAUGGCUUUGCACGAUGCCAUCCUGACCCACAAAGAUGUCGUCCCGACCCGUCCGUGGCUUCCUUACCGAAUGGACAAGUCCUGAAGCUACGUGCAAAAGGGUUGUACCUAUAACAAGUCAAGACUGAAUAGAAACCUAUUAUUCAGUGUGGAUAUAUAUGCUUAAAUAUAAAUAUUGAACAUUUAUUUAUUAAGCCUUUUGGAAGGACCUUCUUGUGGUUUCAAUGUGGUAUUACGUCCAGUCCUCUCUCGAGGCUGCCUCCUCCCUCCUUUGCCUGCAUGUGUGCCUUAAUUUCCAGAGUGUCUUAAUUCCACCCACCCACCCCACAAGGUUGGGCAUGGCUACAGAAUAAGAUGCACACGAGAUUCUUCAGGGUUUUGAGGGGAGGGGUAUUUGAACUGCUUGGCUUAGUCCCACCUCACUAGAAGAAUAGGGCCUGGAUUGGUGCCUUGAAAAUGGACCAUGGUUGAAUGAUGCAGGCUGUGUGUGAAGGCCCAGCUCAAGCUGUUUUGUUGCCCUGGGUGAAACUGCCACUUGUGCUGCCCUUGGCACCUUGUCUGGGGUUGGGGAACGGCUCGCGAGUCCUCCUGGACUGGGUUCAGUUUCAACCUCUUCCAUCAUCCCCAGCCAUAGUGGCCUUCAGAUUUGUACAAAUGUCUUUGGCCUUUGCGGCUACAGAUGGUGGAAUUUGGGUCAUCAGAUAUUACGUUAGACUACGAGAAGCCCUGAUGCAGUGAAGUUUGCUGUUGAGCAAAGCGAGGAAGGGUCUAGUCAGGAGAACUGGGAUGGGAGACUUGUACCAUCCCACAGACCCUCUUGUCUCCCAGAGAUCUGGGUUGAAGAGGAUGUGAUUUCAGGGUCUUCUCAGCCCACUGUUUGCUCAGUGCCACAGCCUAUUGGAUUGGGACGGAUCCAGCUGGUGAUGGAGCUAAUUCCCCUGAUCAGGGUCUGAAAGCAGAAGUGUUCCCUAAAAUCUAAAAAAAAAUAGUUCUUUGUUCUGAGUCCAGUUCCAAGCCAAACUGCUCCCUGCUGCAUCCCCGAACCAAGAGCGACAGGGUCAGAUUUUGUCCCCUAACUUCGUCUACUACCUGCUCACUUAUCUGCCUGUCUCUCCCUUGCACAUCUGGCUUGGUGCAGCAGCAGGGAGAUCUCUUCCCGCACAAUUUUUUUUUAACGCAGCUAGAAUGUUGCUGUGGUCUGCAACUUGGGAGCACUGGGAAAUGCAGCUUUCCUAGUGCUGCCAGUGCUUUCCAGAGAGAGAGAGAGAGAGAGAGAGCAGGGAGGGAAUACUCAGGCACUUUUAGCUUGACUCUUUGCAAAGCCUUGCUCUGUUGACAUUCCUUUUCUGUGGCAGGUGGUGGGAUGGACCUCAUUACCCUCCUGCCCUGCCCUGGACUGCAGCCCCAUUCCCAGGUCCUUGCUUUCAGCCGUACAAAUUUCCAUGGAAGCAUUCGAGCAUUGAUGGGUAUAUACAGAUUGACUUCUCAUUCUGGAAUUUAAGCUUGGCAAGAAGUGCCAAAGUGCGUAGCAAGUGGAGAUACUUUUCAGAUGGCCAGAUUUCUGCAAGAAAUGUCAAAGGGGGCUACACUCCUCCUCAGUUUACCACUACAGUGUUAAUUACAAGAGGAGCUGGCUAUGUGUAAUGCAACAUUUGCAACAGAUGCUGCUGCUUGAUAUAGUGUGCCAUUGAGACUUGACUGAACUUUUCUUAAAGACCCGAGGUUUUUUUGAAAACAGAGUGCGACACUUGCCUAGGGGGCCAUCAGGCCUCACUAGUAUGGGUUGCAUGUGGCAUUAUAACCCCUUGUAGAAACCUCAAGUUCCCCCAAAUGCGGGUCAAGAACAUUUGAAUUAAAACUGCAGAAUGCUCAUUGUAUUGAAAGAGUUUGCACAAAAUGAAUAGGUAGAACGGCAUCUCAAGGCGAACUUGCUGAUUAUGUUAAAAUAUGUAAUUUGGCCACGUGUGUUACUAUUAUUAAUACACUUUUUUUGUUAGCUGCCCCAUAACAAAUUGUUUUCUGGGUGGCUGAGGUCACAUUAGAAAACAUCCAAUAAAGGCAUAUAAAACAUGACAGACAAAUCACAGCACACAACAAAAAAAUACAAAAUACAAUAUAAAAUAUUCUAAACUUUUUUUUAAUUAAAAGCCUGAGUGAACAGCAAGGACUUUACUUGGUAUCUAAAAGAACAAAGGGAUGGCACCAGGCAACCCUUGGCAAAGAGACACUUUUAAACAUGGUAUGCUUUUUAUUUAGCAGGGAGAGAGUAACUGGCCCUCUCCACCCCCAGCACAGCAUCCCUCCGGUGGCUGUUGCUGGUGUCUAUCUUGUGUUUCUUUUUAGAUUGUGAGCCCUUUGGGGACAGGGAGCCAUCUUAUUUAUUUAUUAUUUCUCUGUGUAAACCGCCCUGAGCCAUUUUUGGAAGGGCGGUAUAGAAAUCGAAAUAAAUAAAUAAAUAAACAAACCCUCACUGGGGAGGCUUUUCCAGAAACAGGGUGCCACCACCGAAAAGGCCCCCUCCCAGUGGCAAUUGGGAGAGGCAUGAGCAGCGCUGAGAGUACCAAGUGGGUGUUGAACCCUUUCCUGCUGUGAUCUUUAUUGAAAACUGUGCCCUUGAAAUGGCUACUGGCCCCAGAAAGGGGAGGGAAGUUUCCCUUUUGGGAGCACCAUUUUCAAACCAUUUUCAUGCCCAAAAAGGGUUGAAGGCCUUCUCUACAUAUGCCGUCAUCCUGAUCAUAGCCUCGCAGUAGAACCUAUUUGUUAUAAACAGGUAGGGUCAAGAUUCACCCCUGAACACACAUACUCUGGCCAAGAGGUAACCAACCCACAGUGGCUGGUUUUUGGAGAUGCCAUGAAAGGGGGAACAAAUUGGUCAACUACUUUAGUGUAGCCCUAUGAACACUUAAAAGGAGGUCCUCUUUAACUAAAUGCUGUGGGUGCCCAAGCUAGUGUGCAUAGGAUUCUCGCUUUAAUCUCUCUCUCUCCUUUGGCUUUGUAAUCUGCUUUGAGAACUGUUGGUUGAAAAGCAAUGUAAGCAUUUUAAAACUCUUCCAUGGACAGGCAGGGAACGACAUUUGGAUUUUUGUGUGUGUGCCAGGUAGUCUAGGCGAUCUCUGGCUUAUUAGUGAUUUCUCUAGCUAAAAGUUGUAAGAACAUAAGAACAGCUCUUCUGGAUCAGGCCCAAGGAGGCCCAUCUAGUCCAGCAUCCUGUUUCGCACAGUGGCCCACCAGAUGCCUUUGGGGAACCCACAGGCAAGAGGUGAGGACAUGCCUUCUCUCCUGCUGUUACUCCCCUGCAACUGGUACUCAGAGGCAUCCUGCCUUUGAGGCUGGAGGUGGCCUUUAGCCCUCCGACUAGUAGCUGUUGAUAGACCUCUCCUCCAUGAAGUUAUCCAAACCCCUCUUAAAGCCAUCCAGGUUGUUGGCUGUCACCACAUCUCGUGGCAGAGAAUUCCACAAGCUGAUUAUGCAUUGUGUGAAAAAGAACUUCCGUUUGUUGGUCCUAGAUUUCCUGGUAAUCAAUUUCAUGGGAAGUUGCAGCCUUUCAAACUGAAGUUCUACAAUAUGAAAAAGACCAUUGGCUUUUUGAAAUGUUGGGAAUCACUAAAACUUCAGAUUUGUCUGACUCUUCUGGGAAUAUGGAUCCAAGCUGUGUACAUGCUUGCUUUUUAUUCAUGCUGCGUAUGUGUGCAGCUGUGCAAGGGGUGAAGAAAUGAGCAGAUGGGAAGUAUCUUGUAGCCCAGUCGUAUGCAUGUUUGCUCAAGUCCCACUGAGUUCCAUAGGACAACUGUGCAUGCCUAGGAUUGUGGCUUUUGAGAUGGGCAAAGGAGUGAAUGAACUACUGAGUGGAAAAACUCUUCUUUGUAUUAUAAUUCACGCACUGAAGCUGGUGUGCUUUCUGUAUGUAUUUAAAAAAGUGUAUUUAUGUUAAUGCAAAUAUUAUUACUUCCUUGUUAUAUAUUGUAAAUAGUAAGGUUUAUUCUCCUGUGGUGUUUUUUAAAAAAAGUUAACAUAAAAUAGUAACGAGGCACAUUCAUUACAUGUAUAUAGACAGGUAUAAUAUGCUUACUUAUAAUGCUGGGGUUCUCAAAUGUGGGUCCCCAGAUGCUGGACUACAACUCCCAUCAUGCCCAGUCCCAGUGGCUGGAGGAUGAUGGGACAUGUAAACCAACAUCUGGGGAUCUAAGGAUGCGAACCCCUGCUAUAACCCCAUUUUGAAAUUGGGAGGACAUCAGUGUGGCUUCAAUCAACCUAAAGUAUUGGUAGAACACAGAUUACCAGUGAAGGGGAAGGUUGUCACCAAUAUCUCAUGCUCCUAGUCCUUAAACCUUUCUGGAAAGACAUGGAAGCUAUUUCACAAGCAUCCAAGGUCUUGUUUGUGGGGGAGGGUGGGGUGGAGGGGAUGGGGAUUUUUUUUUUUAAACUUCAAACGGACUUCUGUGUUAUUUCAAACUACUCUUGAAACUUCUGUUUCUGAAAUCUGCCAGCUGUGUUGAACGGGACUCUGGUGUGCAGAAGACAUGCCAAGCCUGAGCUCCCUUGGUUAUUCAUGCAGUUCUCUAGAUUCAGGCCAGGGGCUGGAAGAAAGAGGGAAGCUCCUCUUUAAUGUGGAAAGUUCUGUAGGACAGGAGAACUAGUGGAGUUCUCACGUUGUACAUCCGUUGUCACCUUAUUUCUUUCAUCCUAGGGGCUGCACUUUUAAAAGCAAAUGCCCAUGUUUUGCACACUAAGUUUUUGUUUUGCAAGUGACGUAUUCAGUAUGGGUACCAGCCAUAGAGGACUUGAUGGACUGGUUGUAGGGCCAUGCAUUAUAUGCCCAUGUGUCAGGGUGGGGUGAGGGUGGAAUUACAUGUGUUGAUAUGGGCAAAAGUCUUUGAAAGCAUUCUAUGGAAUUUGUGCUUAAAAUCAGGGAGCUCAGAAGUGCCUUUGAAAGGGGGGGAAACCCCAGUAUUUGGAACCCCAUUGAUUCUUGUAGCUGUAGAAUCCUUGAAAUUGGCACAUGGAGCUGUGUUGGGCACAGGGUGGAUGUCAUCAUCUGGCAUUGUCCCCAUGCUUAUAGGCAUGUGCUUUGUUGAAAGACUCCUUGCCCUGAUCUUCUCUAGUGGAGCAGCCACAGGAGAGCGUGAGCUAUGCCUGAGGUUACACUUUCAGCAGACAUGGGGCAGUGGUGAAGCCCAAGAAGCCUGGCAAGUUCUGCCUGGAGUAGGUCUACUCUCAGCAGAAGCCAGAUUCCUCUACAAGUUGGGGCCACACGGCAGACGGGCAGGGAUUCCCCAGGAGAUGAGUUGAUGAACAGGUUCUCUGCAUGUGAAAAAUGUAUGACUGCCUUACCAAGGGGUGCUUGGCUGUAUAGCAAGUUUGCAUCUACUGUGCUCCACCAGCGUUUCACUCCACGGGCCAGCUCUGCACAAUGAUGAAAAUGGGGUGUCGUUGAUGUGAACUGAAACACAUGCACCCAUGCGCUAGCCAAAGGCUUGCCAUUUAAGCUGAUGUUCUGUAGGGACCUUCUGCGUGGAAGGCCACAGAGUAAUGGCCCCAUCUUGAACCAGGAAGAGGGGGAGAGAAGCAGCUCUAACAUUUCGAAAGAGCAAGCAAGCACUCUUACAUGCUCUGAUAUCCCGCAACAAGCUUCCCUUCACUGCUAGAAGAAAUGGCCACCAUUUUCACAUUAAUCUUCACUACUUGGGAUGACACAGCAGAUGCAAAUAUACUUCCAACAGUCCACCCCACCAGUCUAACUGGGCCACCCCAAAUCAAUAAGUGAAAGUUUUCAUGGGUCUGCCAGCAGAACGGGUUAAACCUGGGGUGUGUAAAAUCAGCCUCACCCCCCGUUAGAUUACAGUGCCCAUCAUUCCCAGCCUUGGUGGCAAAUAGGCAUGAUGGAAGUUAUAAUCCAACAGUUUGAGGGCUGAAGUUAAGCAGCACUAGGUUAAAGCUUUUAAUCCUCAUUUUCUGAAAUACUCUGAAUAGAACCCAAGAUGCCCUAGACCAGGGUUUCUCAACGAGUUGGUCCCCAGAUGUUAUUGGACUUCAACUCCCAUAAUCCCCAGCCCCAGUGACCUUUGGUUGGGAAUUAUGGGAGUUGAAGUCCAAUUACUUCUGGGGACCCACACGUUGAGAAUCCCUGACAAUGGAUUGUGUCCAAGGAGAAUCAUGGUGACUCUGUUGCCCAUCUUUUAGCUUCUAGUUCCACACUCUUAUUUCAGCCCAAUGCUUCCAAAAACAUCUGUUUUCAUUGUAUAGUGAUCUAGAUUCAUCAGGUUGGGGAAAAAUGUUCGUAAAUCAGACAACUUUUGUGGUAGGUUUGCAGGUCUUACAUUGGGAAACGUCAUUGGAUUCAAUGAGCACUGUUGCAUCAGUCCUGUGUGUGGUUGUGUCUUUAAAGAAAAGGUUCGGCCGAAGGUAUAGGACUCACUGGUGUGCACAACAAGGGCUAACCUUCUGCUGCAUGGCUCGCAUCCCAAAGGAUCCUCUGCCAUGUUUGGACAUAAUUUGCCCCAUCCUGGGAAAUGUGCUUGCAAGGGAGUCUGGGCCUGGCCAUGAAAGGUGGCGAUUCUUAAGGUGCCAGCCAUUAAGCCGAGUUGAAAUAUCACCACCUCAUCUGCAAGUUGUCAAAAGAUGAAUUUUGGAGUUGGGAAUGGUGUGGGGUGGUGGGGUGGUACCAUUCCCUUCCAAAUGCCCCUCACCCCAUGAACAAUGCUAGGACACAAAAGCCAGUUUAAAAUUGAGCCUGGAUACUAGGUGCCAAAGUCAGGUUAUGAGAAGGGGCCCCAUUUUGCUAGCUUAUAAUCUCCAAGACAGGGACGUGUGAGGAAAAGCAGGAGGAGUCACAGCUCUCCUGAGGCCACAUGUGUUCAGAAUGUGGGGAUACCAUCUGAAACACCACCUCCCUAUGUUGUUCUUCUCCCCUUGACAUGUUGUCAUGUGGAGUUUGGAGUAGGGGAACUCUCUGAGAGUGUUGAUUUUGCAGCACUCGUAAAGGUUAUGCAGGAGAGGUGGAGACCUCAGUGGGGCCAACACCAUGCCUUGGCCACCCUUGAGGUGUCAUUCCAGCCUGGAUCUCUCUCUUCCAAGUUUUUGGAAGAUCACUUCUCUCUACCAUGCUCCAAAAGCCAGCUUGCGGUAAAUCCAGUUUCUCUUUUAAAAUUGCCACUUGAAUUGAGUAAGCAUCUUCAAUUCCUGCUCUGGGAUGUGUGGAUUUUUAAAAAAGAAAACCAAUCCGUUCAGUAUCCAUUCAGUCAGGGGUGGGCACACUUGGCCCUCCAGCUGUUCUUGAACUACAAGCCGUAGCCUUGUAGGGAUGAUGGGAGUUGUAGUUCAAAAUCAGCUGGAAGGCCAAAUUUGCCCUCCCCUGCAUGAAGUCCUCGCUGGUAUCUUGAUGUGCAUUUUCCCCUACAGCAGGGGUUCCCAACCUUCAGUCCCCAGAUUUUGUUGGACUACAACUUCCAUCAACCCCAGCCACAGUGGCCAAGAUGAUGGGAGUUGUAGUCCAACAUCUGUGCACCCAAGGUGGGGACCCCACCCCCCACUCCGCCCUAGGAUAUAUGAUUAUGGACUAAGCAACUUCUUGUGUGCACUUGUGAAUAGUUCUCCUGGAAGCGUUGUGAGGAGCAAAUGCGAACAUAUGAAGGAUUUUGUAGGGUUUUCCUGGGGGUGGGUGGGGGUUAAUGUCUUAUGGGAGCCUAAAUUAUUUUUCUCUACCUCAUAUGUACAGCUUUGUAGGUAUAAAAUCUGAUUUCUUGUGUGACUGUGGAGAAUGUAUUUAAGUUAUUUAACAUCUUUGUAUAACGAAUGAGAACAAAUGAAGCAAUAAAUGUAUUUUAAAUUAUA